AUGUCUUUUUCCGAUCACAUCGUGUCACGUUCUCUUCCAAUAUGGCUUUUUAUUUUCCUCAUAUUCUUAGUAUUACUAGGAAAAUCUCAAAAGGAAGUUUUGAAAGUUAAAGUUGGAGUCGUUCUUGACACAAAUUCGACAUUAGCUGAUUUGAGCUUGCGGGCUAUCAACAUGUCCCUGUCAGAAUUAUAUAACACUCAUAAUGGCUUCAAGACAAGGAUUGUCCUCAACAUCCGAAACUCCAAAGGAACCGUUGUUGGUGCUGCAGCUUCAGCUUUAUACUUGAUAAAUAAGAGGAAAGUGGUGGCCAUUAUUGGACCAGGGACUUCAAUGCAAGCUCCAUUUUUAAUCAACCUCGGAAACCAAUCUCAAGUUCCAAUCGUUACAUUCUCCGCAACAAGUCCGCUUCUUGAUUCCCUCCGAAGUCCAUAUUUCAUCAGGGCCACACAUGACGAUUCAGCUCAAGUUCACGCCAUUAGCGCCAUCAUAGAAUCAUUUAGAUGGAGAGAAGUUGUGCCUAUUUAUGUAGACAAUGAGUUUGGAGAAGGCAUUCUUCCUUACCUUGUCGAUGCUUUUCAAGAGAUUAACGUUCGUAUCCGAUACCGAAGCGCUAUAUCAAUACAUUCCACCGAUGAUCAAAUCAAGAAAGAGCUUUACAGACUAAUGACCAUGCCCACUAGGGUUUUUAUCCUGCACAUGUUGCCUGAUCCCGGGUCUAGACUUUUUAAAAUAGCGCGGGAAAUUGGUAUGAUGAAUAAGGGUUAUGCAUGGAUUGUUACAAAUGGUAUAAUUGAUCUCAUGAGUUUAAGGGGAGGACCAAGCUUGGAGGAUAUGCAUGGUGUCUUGGGUGUCAAGACAUAUUUUCCUAGAUCAAAAGAGCUAGCUUAUCUUGAAGCUCGUUGGAGAAAAAGAUUUGGAGGAGAAGAGCUAACCCAUUUUGGAUAUUGGGCUUAUGAUGCUGCCACAGCACUUGCGAUGUCGGUUGAGCAAAUAAGUAACGAAAACAUGAGUUUCAAUACGACCAAAAACAUUUCGAGAGGUGAUAAUGGGACUGAUCUUGAUGAUCUGGACGUAGCUCUGUCUGGUCCUAAGCUACUUCAGGCGUUAUCAACGGUCACUUUCAAAGGCGUUGCCGGGAGAUUUCUGCUAGAAAACAGGAAGCUAGAGCCAACGACGUUCAAGAUAAUCAACAUAGAGGAAAGUGGGGAACGAGCAGUUGGAUUCUGGAAGUCAAAAGUUGGACUAGUGAAGAGAUUAGGAGUGGAUCAAAUAGGCACUAACAUCUCACACAGCUCGCGUGGACUUCGAACGAUAAUAUGGCCUGGGGAUACUACUCUUGUGCCUAAAGGUUGGGAGAUUCCAAUAAAUGGAAAGAAGCUGCGGAUAGCAGUUCCAAAAAAGGAUGGUUUCAACAAUUUUUUGAAGGUAACAAAGGAUGCAAACACUAAUGCUCUAACCAUUACCGGGUUUUGCAUAGAUGUUUUUGACGCGGUAAUGAGACAACUGCCAUAUGCUGUCCCUUACGAGUACGUCCCCUUUGAAACUCCGGAUGGAAAAGGAGAUGGAAAUUACAACAACAUGGUUUAUAAAGUGUUUCUUGGGGAGUUUGAUGGAGCUGUGGGAGAUACCACAAUCUUGGCUAAUCGGUCUAACUAUGUUGAUUUCGCAUUGCCAUACUCAGAAACGGGUGUUGUAUUUGUAGUUCCUGUCAAGGAUGAGAGAGAGAAAGGAGAAUGGGUCUUCUUAAAGCCUUUAACAAAGCAGCUCUGGUGUAUGAUUGCUGCUGCGUUUAUCUACAUUGGACUCGUGGUUUGGAUUUUUGAGUACAUAGCAGAUCCAACUUUCAGGACACAGAGGUUCACUGAAAAAAUAUCUAAUGUGUUCUACUUCUCAUUUUCAACCCUAUUUUUCGCACACAGGAAGCCAUCAACGAGCAUUUACACAAGGGGUCUUGUUGUGAUUUGGUGUUUUGUGGUGCUAAUAUUGACUCAGAGCUACACAGCUACACUCACAUCGAUGCUCACGGUUCAAGAGCUUCGACCAACCGUGAGACACAUGGAUGAUCUAAAAAAAAGCGGAGUGAAUAUCGGAUAUCAAAAGGGUUCGUUUACAUUGGAAAAGCUAAAACAAGAAGGCUUCAAAGAAUCUAAGUUCAAAAUUUACAAUUCUCCUGAAGAAAUGCGUGAACUGUUUCUUAAAACGAGCAGCAACGGUGGUAUUGAUGCUGCGUUCGAUGAAGUCCCUUACGUAAAACUUUUCAUGGCAAAAUAUUGCCAAAAGUAUACCAUUAUCGAGCCUACUUAUAAGGCAGAUGGCUUUGGCUUUGUAAGUAUUCCGUUGGGAUCUCCGUUGGUACCAGAUAUUUCAAGAGAAAUCUUGAACUUAACAGAGGGAGAGACCAUGAGAGCUAUUGAGAACAAGUGGUUCGUUGAAGAAAAAAAUUGUCCGGACCGGAACACAACUGAUGAUACUCCAAUCCAGCUUGACCACCACAGCUUUCAAGCUCUAUUUAUGAUCGUCUUUGCUAGUUCUCUGCUUCUACUCUUUAUCAUGCUGUCUUGUAGAAGAUACCAAGAGGGACGAGGAAACAUGAACGGAGAUCCACCCAAUCCGCCAGGCGAUGGGCCUGAUGACCAUCUGCUUCUAUUCUUGCUCAUAUUGGCUUCUAGAAGAUACCAACAGAGACGAGGCAACAUAAUCGGAGCUCAAUCCAAUCCUCCAGGCGAUGGGCCUGACGGCCAAGACAAUGCACGAGCUAAUCAAAACCGUGAAGUAAAUGAAGGUGGAGCUGCUGAACCAGCUGAUAAUGAGCAUCGUAUUGUGGAAGUUCGUGAAGGAGUUAAUAUUGGAGAUGGAGAUGGAGAUGGAGAUCAUGAAUCACAUCGUAUUGGGAAAGUCAAUGUGCAAUUACAAAGGCAACAGUCACAAGUUCGCCGUCGCUGCAACAAACUCUUCUCUGAGAAAAAUAUGCCCUUAGGAAUGGCUGCUUCGCCUUAGAGGAUCCAUUUGGCAUAGAGUUCAAAGCGGUCUUCAAUCAAGGUUACGGUUUGACUUCAGUUUGA